UCCUCUCACAGUCUUCUAUUCUUUGUCUUUUCUGCACUUGAUCUAGAUAAAAAUGGUCCAAUGGAGAUUGAAGUAGUAGAUAACAUCACUAGAGACACCUUCCUGAACGAGGUAUAUCCCAGGAGGACUCCUGCUAUUUUGCGGGGUUUCGAUCUGGGACCAUGCAUGCAGAAAUGGGAUGUGCCAUACCUUCAAGACCAGGGCAAACAUUGCCAUGUAAAGAUUCACGUUUCUCAACAGACUCAAAUGGAUUUCAUAAACAAAAAUUUUGUGUACAGAUCAUUACCCUUUGAUGAGUUUGUGAAACGAGCAUCCCAGGAAGAGCAUGAGGACUUUUUUAUUUCCAAUAGUGAGAAGUACUAUCUGAGGGCCCUGGGUGAUGACCCUCGCAAGGAUGUGGCAGACAUUUCUGUCCAGUUUCCUGAGCUCGCAGCUGACAUCAUCAUGCCGCCCUUCUUUGAUGAGGAACAGUUUUUCUCCAGUGUUUUCCGCAUUGGUUCGAAGGGAAUGCAGCUGUGGACUCACUAUGAUGUGAUGGAUAACAUCCUCCUCCAGAUUGUGGGAAGCAAAAAAGUCGUGCUGUUUGCCCCGUCCGAUGCUGACUUCUUGUACAUGAAUGGAGACAAGUCAGAAAUUUUAGACAUAGAUUCUCCUGAUCUUGAGCGCUUUCCACUGUUUUCCGGGGCCACACCGUACCGUGGGUAUUUGUACCCUGGGGAUAUGCUCUUUAUUCCAGCCCUAUGGUUCCACAACAUGACGUAUGAAGAUUUCGGAGUGGCGGUCAAUGUUUUCUGGAGACAUCUAGAUCCCAGUCUUUACGACAGUAAGGACCCGUACGGCAACAGGGAUCCCGUGCCAGCUCAGCGGGCAGCUCAGAUCAUGGACCGAGCAAUGAAGGCUCUAGAGGAGCUGCCCGAGGACUACAGAGAUUUCUACGCGCGAGGGCUGUGUCACAAAAUCAGGAACAGAUUAUAUAAGAAAGUGUAGGUGUUUUUAAAAAAAUGUUUCAAUCAGGUUGUGUUUUUUCAGUUGGUGCGGGCGCCUCGAUGUUUGUUGGAACUCUGUGCUACGUGUGCUACGUGUGCUACGUGUGCUACGUGUGCUACACUUUACUUUACUUUUCGGAUCCAACGGCCAUUUGAGGUCUAGCCAUUCGCCCUGUCAAUAUGGCAAACAAUUUACAGGUUUUUAUCUGCUAUGUUUUGUCGUUGUAUUGAGUAUUUCUGAUGUCUAGGCAGGCAGGUAGGUAAGUACUACGCAGAUCGCUAAGUGCAGGGUAGAUUAAGAGGUGGUGUGAUACUGUUUUGUCUUCGCAGUCACGUGAUGGGCAGUCGGGCAGGGUAUCCUUGCGGAUCCUAUUUAGGUAGGAAUUCAAUGGGAUGUGUUGUGUUUGCAGACGAAAGAUAG